AUGGCAUCUGGAGAGAAAGAGUCUCGAGGGAGAGGCCUUGCUUCUCUCUUUCCAUGCUGCAACAGAGAAAAUGACCAACCAGAAAUUCGCUACUGUGGUGAAAAUGUCAAGGCGAUGGAGCCUACAAUGCCCAUGCCUCCCAUCCAGGAGCUGAACUCCAAGUUCAACGAACUAGUGGAUGAACUGGAGCUUUCAGAGAAGCACAGAGCGGCCAUGUUUGCUUUGCCACCAGAGAAAAAAUGGAAGCUUUACUGGAGUAAGAAAAUGGAUGCAGACGGGGAAAAAGGAGCAACUAGCUGGCCUGAAUUUUACAUUGACCAGCUGAACUCAAUGGCCGCUAGGAAGCCUCUGCAUGCAUUGGAUGAAGAGGAUCAAGGCAGACUGAAGGCUGUUGAUGGUCUGAAAACAGCUCUGCGGACUCAGCCAAUAAGAUUCGUGACUGGCUUCCUUGAGCAGGAUGGCCUCUCCUGCAUCCUUAACUUCCUAAAGUCCAUGGACUAUGAUACGACGGAAUCCCAGGUUCACACGUCAUUGAUCGGCUGUAUCAAGGCUCUGAUGAACAGUUCUGAUGGCAGAACCCAUGUCCUGGGACACCCAGAGAGCAUCAACAUCAUUGCACAAAGUCUAGUUGCAGAAAAUAUAAAAACCAAGGUGGCAGUCUUGGAGAUCCUCGGUGCUGUUUGUCUCGUCCCAGGAGGUCAUAAGAAAGUCUUGGAGGCGAUGCUGCACUACCAGAACUUCGCCUCAGAAAGAACUCGAUUCCAGAACCUGAUGACAGACUUGGACCGGUCCACAGGUCGAUACAGGGAUGAAGUCAGCCUGAAGACGGCCAUCAUGUCCUUCAUCAAUGCUGUACUCAGUCAGGGAGCUGGGCAGACCAGCCUGGAGUUCCGGAUCCAUCUGCGCUAUGAGUUUCUGAUGUUGGGCAUCCAGCCAAUCAUGGAUAAGCUUCGGUCCCAUGAAAACAUCGCCCUAGACAAGCACAUAGACUAUUUUGAGUCGUUGAGGAAAGAAGAUGAGCUUACGAUGGGUAGACGUUUUGAUGGCAUCCACAUCAACACUAAGAGCGCGAGCCAGAUGUUUGAUUUGAUCAGGAAUAAACUAAACAACACUGAAGCUUACCCUCACCUUCUGUCUGUGCUGCAGCACUGCCUCAUGAUACCAUAUAAUAACAGCAGGACCACGCUGCAAUACUGGGUGCUGUUGGACCACAUAAUUCAGCAGCUGGUUCUGCAGACGGAUAAAGGUGAAGACCCAGACAUGGCCCCACUGGAGGACUUCAAUGUAAAGAAUAUUGUGCGCAUGUUAGUUAAGGAAAAUGAGGUGAAAAGGUGGAAAGACGAUGCAGAUAAAAUGCGAGAAGAGACAAGGACGCUGGAAAAACGCUUGAACAAGAAAAAGAGGGAGUGUGAGGCCAAGAAUAAAGAGAAAGAAGAGCUGAUGGAGACAGUGAACAACAUGAAAAAUAAGCUUGAGCGAGAGAGCAACGAGCACAAACGGACUAUGCAACAAGUGGAGGAGCUUAACGCUCGCUUGCAGCAGUUCAGCUCUAGCUCUAGUGUUCCAGGAGGGCCUCCAGUUACUUCUGGUGGUUUUGUUUCAUCUGUAUCUUCACCCAGUUCCCCUGCUCCUCCACCUCCUCCGCCUCCUCCACCUCCUCCUCCAGGUGGUCCACCAGCCUUUGGCAUGGCUCCUUUAGCCCCUCCUCCUCCCCCUGGACUUCCUUUAGGGAUGGCAGAAAAGAAGAAAAACAUCCCUCAGCCAUCCAGUCCGCUGAAGUCAUUUAACUGGAGCAAACUACCAGAGACCAAGAUAGCAGGAACAGUCUGGAAAGAUAUCAGUGAUGAGGAUGUGUUCAAAGUUCUGGAUCUUGGGGAGUUUCAGAAGACUUUCUCAGCUUACCAGCGAGCAACAAAAGAAACUGGAGGAACUGAAGCUGUUAAAAAAGUCAAAGAACUGUCAGUGAUUGAUGGCCGCCGAGCGCAAAACUGUAACAUCCUGUUGUCACGACUAAAAAUGACCAAUGAGGAGAUCUGCCAAGCUGUCCUGAGCAUGGACGAUCAGGAGGAGUUACCCAAAGACAUGUUGGAACAGCUCCUGAGGUUUGUCCCUGAGAAAAGCGAUGUGGAUCUCUUAGAAGAACACAAACAUGAGCUGGAGCGCAUGGCUCGACCUGACCGCUUCUUGUAUGAUAUGAGCAGAAUCAACCACUACCAGCAGAGACUCCAGGCUCUUCACUUCAAGAAGAAGUUUACUGACCGAAUGUCUGAGGUCAAACCUAAGAUCAAAGCUCUCAGCCUUGCCUCAGAGGAGGUGGUCCAGAGCAAGGCUCUCCGUCAGCUGCUGCAGGUGGUUCUGGCCCUUGGGAACUAUAUGAACAAAGGACAACGUGGAAACGCCUAUGGAUUCAAGGUUUCUAGCCUAAACAAGAUGGUCGACACCAAAUCCAGCAAGGACAGGAACAUCACUCUGCUGCAUUACAUGAUCACUGUGCUGGAGAGUAAAUUUCCUGUAGCAGCAUCAUUCAGCAAGGAGCUGCAGAGCGUUCCAGAAGCGUCUAAAGUCAACAUGACCGAGUUAGAGAAGGAGAUCAACACCUUGAGAUCUGGUCUGAAGAGCAUUGAGGCGGAGCUGCAGUACCAGAAGAACCAGCCCACCCAGCAACCAGUUGAUAAGUUUGUGACCGUGGUCAGUCAGUUCAUUACCGUGGCAUCCUUCAGUUUCUCAGAUGUAGAAGAUUCACUUCGAGAGGCUAAAGACCUGUUUGGAAAGGCGCUGACAUACUUUGGAGAAGAGUCGUCUAGCCAGCAGCCAGAUGACUUCUUUGGGAUCUUCAACACUUUCCUCUUGGCGUACUCUGAAGCUCAACAGGAGAACGAGGACAUGGUCCGCCGGCAGGAGGAGGAGAAGAAACGGGCACUCAUGGAGGCUCAGAUGAAGAAAGAGCGGGAGCAGAGGAUGAACAAGACCAAAGGAGUGCAAGAAGAAGGAGGAGAGUUUGAUGACCUGGUGUCUGCGCUGCUCUCAGCUGAGGUCUUCAACAGAGAUUCGUCCAAAUUUAACAAAAAAAAGCAGCGCAGUCCCAGAGAACUUGGCAGCCGAGAAAGACCAACGGCAAGCCUGAGCAAGUACCAGGACAAAUAAUAACCUGCAUGAGUUCCCUGGGUCUGUGGCUGAACUAGCGUCACAGCGAUUACAGUAUAAGACCAGUAAGUGGUUCACUGGGACUGAAACUGAACCUUAGGAUUUUUAUUUAAAGUAUAACAAGCACUGAUUGACUAGAAAUGACUCAGAAACAGGGAUGGUUGAUAACUAUUAGCACCUUAUUUUAACUGGAGUACAAUUAGAAUCAGAUAAACUUCCAGGGACCAGAACUUUUUAAAAAUUGGUUUCUCCAGAAACCAGUCAACAUUCCAUUUUUAUUGUAACUCAAUUUCUUUAUUU